UCCCCGCAUUCUAGUUCUCGAUUCUUUUUAUCCACAAAUAGCACUUUUAGUGAAAUAGAUUUGUAGCUAUAUUAAUUAAUACAUGUGUGUUUGUUUCAGGCAGACCCUUGCAACUUAAAACAAUAUGGAAAUAGCAUGGAAUUUAGUAAAGCAGACUGAGUUUACCCCUGGGUUUGAUUCAAGCAUGGAUGACAUGGAUAAGAUGGAUACAAUGGAUAAGUUGAAAGAAGAGUAUGAGAGACUGAAGGAAUGUUUUUGUCAAAUGGAAAACAAGAAAUCGGCAGCGCUUAUAAGGAAACUCGAUGCAGAUGACAUGAAACGAGAAGCGGAAUCACGAAUUAUGAAACUGGCUGAGAGGGAAAUGGAAUUGAAAAAGAUUGAAAUUGGGCAGAAAAAAAAUUAUGAGAGAGAUCUACAUACUUUGAAAGCAGACAAUGAUGAGUUGAAGAAAACUAUUUCAGAUCUAAAUGCCUCUAUACAUACGGCCCAGAACGACUUAAUGAUGUUGGAAGAAGAAUUACAGGUUAAUAACGAGGUCCCCAAAUCCAAUAUUAAUUUUGUGCGAGAAGAAACAAUUAAAAAAAGCUCAUCCAGUGACUCUGAUUUUGCAUUUGAUACAUUGUGCAAGGACAAGGUGGUGAUUAAUAACCCUUUUGUGCUGAGGAAAGGACAGGCACUUCUGACAUUCGAAAAGGAAGAAGUUGCUAAACAUGUUCUGAGGAUGAAAAAUCACGCUAUAGACUUUGAUGGUUCAUCUGUGGUCAUGAGAGCAUCUCCCAUUCCUCUGAAAAGGACAAUUCAAUUUGAGGUUAACACAACUAUUUGUAGCAAAAAAAUGCGUAUUUGCAACCUGCCCGACGACAUAUCAGAAGAGCAGAUAAAAGACAAACUAGAGCUGACAUUUUAUAAACCAAGUAUUGGCGGGGGGGAAAUAGAAGAAGUGGAAUACGAUUCGUGGAGAAAUGAGGCUGUGAUUACAUUUUUGGACCACGGAGUUGUGGAGCGUAUCUUGAAACAAUCACAAUAUGAACUAAAGGUUGGUGAUUGCGCGCACACCAUUAUAGUGGAACCAAUCACAAAUGCACAACUGAACAAGUUGCAGACCUUUUCAACAAAUUCUUCAAGAACAGUGCUUUUAUCUGAAGUUAAAAACUUAGCGAUCUCUGAAGAGGACAUUCAAGAUACUAUUGAGAUUUAUUUCCAAAAGCCGAGCAAUGGUGGUGGAGAGGUCGAAUGGAUUUUAUAUACACAGGAUAAAGAGAUUGUGCCACGCUUUGAGGAUGAGGAUGACUUAUAAUAACUUAUAAUGAUUUAUAGUGGUAAAAGUAAGGAAACCGUACUCACCAGGCUGCCGAGGUGCACUAGAUUCAGGGAUGGCCAAACCCCACGUUAGACAUAUGUAAUAAAGUAGUGGUCCAGGCCCUCAAGGUGAUAGCCAAAAAAGCAGUUUUAUUGAAGCAAGCAAACAGCAAAUUUCGACCCGAACGGGUCUUUGUCAAGCUACUAGAAAUGUGGCUGUUUGCUUGCUCCAAUAAAACUGCCACCUUGAGUGCCUGAACCACUACUUUAUUUCUUAUAAUGAGUUACAACAUUUAAUAUAAAUACUUUGAUAUGUAACUUUCUCCACAUGUAUUAAACACUGCCAGGAUGCAGAAAGUAAUGCGAUAAUUUAAAAUGUAUAAAUACAAAUGAAUCUGUCAAUUAAAAUAAAAA